GGUGCUGGCAGCCAGGGGAAGCAACGCCCAUUCUUGCAUGAAUCCUAGUGUAUCGGGCCUCUAAUAUAAAGCCAGAAUUUUAUCAUAUGAGAUGUCAUUUGCAGAUUUUCCCCCUAGUUUAUGUACUUGGUAACUGAAAAGUUUGAGCUUGGAAUGAAGGCUCAGCAACUCGGGUGUUGGGCUCCCUGUGCCCAGCCAUGGUGGUUUGCAGGCGGCAUCACACAGAAUCAGUAUUUACCUUACAGGCUCUUAGACCCAGACAAAUACCAUGUUAAAUUGGAUGAGGGGCUCUACUCCAAUCACAUGUUCACGGAUGGAGACAGUAUCAAGAUCGUUGGACUUCCAAUGUUUUCUAAGACGAGUGGAGGGACUUGAGACAUGGGGAAACGCAACUUGGCUGGCUGACGUUUUUUAUUUUUAGAGACAGAGAAACAUUGAUGUGAGAGACACACAUCAAUUGGUUGCCUCUGAGCUUGCAACCAAGGUAUAUGCCCUUGACUGGAAUCGAACCUGGGACCCGCAGGCCCACGCUCAGCUGACAUUCUGAACCUGAGCGAGGCCAACGUCAGACCAGGAAACCUAACUGCCAGGUCUCCCCCCCAGAACUGGAAAUGAAACCCUAGUUGUAACCCAGAGCUCAGCUUAAUCACACUUACCUGCCUCUAAUCUGUCAGUGAAUUGUUAACACCAGCCCUUUGCCCAAAACUGAGGAGAGCCAGCUGACUUUCUAGAAAGUUCAAACCCAUCUUCCCAUCAUCACCCCCACACCCCUCACUUCUCAGUUGGAAGUGCUCAAGUCCCAGGAGACGGACAUUCCCGGUCGGGCUCCCACCUGGACUGCCUCAUCUACAAAGACAACAACAAAUUGAGUCGGGGACCUCUGUGUUCUGUAAUUGGGGACCCCCAGGUGCUGCCAUCUUCAAAUGCAUGAUAGAUCCCAAUCUGUGACUCCUGGUGACCUGGCAACAGGCCAGAAUUGGCUCAACGUCUAGAACUUUCCAGCAUGUAGAGCCAUCCUCCGGGGGCCUGGGUGGCAAAGGGUCCUGCGUCAGCCCACAGCCAGGCUGCCAACCCGACUGUGCCCGCUGAAACCUGUCCCUGUGAACACUGCUCAGGCCUCACCCCCCAGGAGCCCCACCUGUCCGUAGGCGCAUGUGCGGAUUGUGUAACCAGGUAUGUCAGUCAGCAGUGCUCCUACUCCUGCCUGGCGUCUCUGGACUUGGACUCCAGGCUGGUGUCAGGAGCUGCAUGAGCCCCAUGGUCGGCCAUGCGCCAUGCAGCUGGGCGAGUGGCCAGGUUGUCCUAGGAUCCUCGGUCUCUGGUUAGAGUCCAUGUGAUCCGGGCUAGGCUGCUCCUGCUAGGUCUUCAUUCAGAGCUUAAGCACACAAGGCCUGCAGGGGAGGGGUUUUCUCCUUUAAAACUGUGUCCGCAGCUUUUCCCCUGGCUGGCAGCGCGGAGGCCGCACGAUGCCCGGAGUUCCUGUAAAAGACGUGAACCAGGAGGAGUUCGUCAGAGCACUGGCAGCUUUCCUCAAAAAGUCCGGGAAGCUGAAAGUCCCUCCAUGGGUGGACACUGUCAAGCUGGCCAAGCAUGAUGAGCUUGCUCCCUACGAUGAGCACUGGUUCUACACACGAGCUGUUUCCACAGCCCAGCUCCUGUACCUUCGGGGAGGCCCUGGGAUUGGCUCCAUGACCAAGAUCUACAGAGGACGACAGAGAAACGGUGUCAUGCCCAGCCACUUUAGCAGAGGCUCUAAGAGCGAGGCCCGCAGGCUCCUCCAAGCCCUGGAGGGGCUGAAAAUGGUGGAAAAGGAUCAGGAUGGGGGCCGCAAAUUGACACCUCAGGGACAGAGAGAUCUGGACAGAAUCGCAGGGCAGGUGGCAGCUGCCAACAAGAAGCAUUAGAACAAGUGCUGGGUAAAUAAAAUUGCCU